AUGGGGUAUUGCCUAUUCAACAACGUGGCGGCGGCAGCCCGCUAUGUGCAGAAGCACCUCUCCCUGCCCAAGGUCAUGAUUCUGGAUUUUGACGUGCACCAUGGCAACGGGACGUGCGAGAUCUUCGACACGGAUCCCUCGGUGCUGGUGCUGGAUGUGCACGAAGAAAGCGCGGUCUACCUGGAGUACGGGUCGGGCGUGGACGAUGCUGGGCGUGGGGAGGGCGGGGGCUUCACCAUCAACGUGCCCCUGCCCCGGGGUGCCGGCCAUGCCAGCGUACUCAAGGUGUGGGAUGACAUCGUCGCACCCGCCGCUGAGCGCUUCCGUCCCGACCUCAUACUGGUGUCGGCCGGCUUUGAUGCGCACGAGGACGACCCUUUCCAGCUCCUGUGCUACCGGACUGAGACCUACGGCGAGCUGGCCUCCCGCCUCUGCGCCCUGGCGACCCGUCUGUGUGGUGAGUGCCACCCUGCAUAUGUCUGCGGUUGGUUCCUGGCCAGGGUUUAG